AUGAUGUCGUUGCCGGAGACAGCUUCCCUCCCACUGGAGACCUCCCCUCAAGACGUGGAGAUGAGAGAUGACGCCUCCGAGGUCGGGGAUUCGCUACCGGUUCCUUCAGAGGAUGUCGAGAUGAUCCCUCAAUUCCUUCGAGGCGGUGAGUUGUUCAUAGCUGAACAUCCUAACAACCGCCAGCGAUCAAGCUCUCGCCUUCCUCGAAUCGUACCCGCGCGAGUUCCUGAAGCAGCUCUCCGAGUCACUGAAGGAGGUCGCCGAGGCGCCACCCGGCAGGCGGCGCAAAGGCCGUCCGGUGCCGGGCAUCGAGUUGACCCUGCUGAGCCGCAAGACUGGAAAACGGUCCGCUUCCCCGAUGACCCGAAGACGGAGAACGCUGGUCCUCCAGCUCUCGAGGCUAUGGGUGCUGUACCAGGCCAUCCUGACGAAUGGGACGGUCACGAUGCGGCGCAGGUCGAUGCUCAGCCAACACUCAUCCCUCCCGCGGAGCGUAUCGCCUCCGUCACCGCCCGAGCCGGGCUCGAGCGCGUCCUCGUGGUCGAGAAGGACGCGAUUCUCGGCACACUCUGCGGCGAUGCCUUGCUCUCACACCCACAGAUGAGAAGCACUCUCUUGCUUACGGUAGCUUCAACUCACGUUACGGAGCUGACAGCAGGGCAAAGGCUACCCCGACCUCGCAACGCUGCAGCUCCUGCGACUGGUGGCGGACCGGUGGCCCACUGCGCGCAUCUUUGUACUCGUCGACGGGGACCCACACGGACUCAGUAUCCUCAACGUGUACAAGUACGGUUCGAAGAACAACCGGCACAACGCGGACUAUGCUGGUCUCGCGCUCGGCGAUCGGGCGGAGUGGCUGGGUGUCAAGCCCAGCGAGCUUCUCGGGUAUGCUCGCAGCAGAUUUCUGGAGCUGACCCCAGGUCUAACUCGUUGAUUCCUUUGACGGACAACGAUACACAGAGGCCGCUCACCCAAUCUCGAUCCGGAGUGGAGGCGCGAGCUCUCACAUAUGCUGAUGUACAAUCGCAAGGCCGAGAUCGAGGCACUGUGCGAUGCGCCGACCAGCGACCUGAGCCAGAUCCUCGAGGGCGGCUCCCAUGCUUCCGGCCCAAGGCUCGUCGAGUACAUCCUCGAACGCAUGUAGCGGACAUGCAAUCUGUGCCACACAUCAGACAGUCGGCAGGCGGAGGCAAGGUUGCCGACCCCAGGGACCCAGGUCGGGGAACACCGAGCGGGCCUCCACAUGCCGAUAGUUGCCGGGCCGACAUGACUCGAUAUUGGAACACCCGGACGCGAGUGGGUGGGAAGUCGCUGAGUCGCUGGGCGGCUGGGCCGCUGGCGGAGUGCGCGGACGCGGGGCCCGUUGCAUUGCGAGUCAUCGCGCACGACUUGAGCACGUUGUUUGUGCCCACUCGAGUCUAUACACUCUACACACCACUCAAACUUACCCAAAAGCAGACCACGUCCUCUGCCCGUCGCUCACCACUCAGCGUCAAGUACAGAAAGAAGAACCAAAACAUCAUGUCGCAGAAGCAGCAGAAGCGCAUGCCCUAUGUCCGUCUCGGCAACACGGGUCUCAAGGUUUCCAAGAUCAUCCUGUACUCGAACGGCGAGAGCGAGCGCAUCCUCGGCAAGGCGCUCAAGGAGCUCAACGUGCCACGCGAGGCUUACGUCGUACUCACGAAGGUCUUCUUCCCUGUGCUCGGCAAGGGUGAGGGCGGCACUGUCGGCGCCGGCGACCUCAACUCGAUCGAGCUCGUGAACGCGCACGGCCUGAGCAGGAAGCACAUCUUCGACUCGAUCAAGGCGUCCCUCGAGAGGCUGCAGCUCGACUACGUCGAUGUCCUGCAGUGCCACCGAUUCGACUACGACACGCCGAUCGAGGAGACGAUGCACGCGCUCCACGACGUCGUCAAGGCGGGCUACUGCCGAUACAUCGGCAUGAGCUCCUGCCACGCCUACCAGUUCCACCAGAUGCAGAACUACGCCAAGACGCACAACCUGACGCCCUUCAUCAGCAUGCAAAACUUCCACAACGCCGCCUACCGCGAGGAAGAGCGCGAGAUGGUCCCCACCCUGCGCAUCUUCGGCACGGGCAUGAUCCCCUGGUCUCCCCUCUGCCGUGGCUAUCUGACCAGGCCGUGGAAGCAGGCCGAGGACACGGCGCGCGGCAAGACGGACGUCAACUACCGCGCGCGCAACCUGCACAAGCCGGACGAGAGCCGGCAGAAGAUCAACGAGCGCAUCGAGGAGGUCGCCAAGAAGAAGGGCAUCUCCAUGGCGCAGUGCGCGCUCGCUUGGAGUCUCGCGAAUGACUUUGUCACGGCGCCCAUUGUGGGAAGCACAAGGAAGGAGAGCCUCGAUGAGCUUAUUGUUCAUGUCAAACUCACUGAGGAGGAGAAGAAGUACAUUGACGAGCCGUACACGCCUCGUGCUAUCUGGCUCCGUGGGUGGUCGCAUGUACGGUCACAACUGGGCAAGCGCGCCUCUGCCCAGGCUCCGCUGCACACCCCAGUCCUUCUCAAACAGCUUGCCCACUUCCUCGAGGCUGAGGCCCGAGGUCUCGGGAUAGAUGCGGUACAGAAUCACCCACCCGAGCGCACACACGCCCGCGCUGACCGCAAACGUGAUCGUGCCCCCGAACCGGUCCAGGACUGGGAGGAAGGACGCCGACACGAGCAGAUUCGCGAUCCACUCGGACUGCUGCCAUGGGAUGUUGCCCAGGCCGCUGGCGUAGGCUGCCACGAAGCCGAGCAUGGAGGCGAGCACUAG